CAACAACAGCAGCAACAACAACAACUAAGCCCCUACUCCAGCGCGCCAUACAACCAGACCCUGUCGUCGCCCGCCCACCAGCACUUUGCGCAGAACCGCAGCACAGCGUCCCCUGCGAGUGCCAGUGGCCAGUUGUAUGCGCCGCCCCAGCAGCAGCAGCAAUCGCCCAGCACCACCCUCGCGUCCAACGGCCAGCAGCAGAUGACCAUGCAGCCCGCCAUCAAGUCGGAGACGGUGCAGACGCCCGUCAAGGCUGUCCCGCCCUCGCCUGUGACGCCGGUCGCACAGGCGCGCAGCGAUGAGCGCAUGGCGACGCUGCUGGAGAUCAAUAGUCUCCUCAUCAAAGAGGCAUGUGAGCUACAAGGCCAGGGUAAAGCAGGGCAGAUAGGACCACCCGAAGAGAACAAGCCCCCGCCAAGCAAGGAGUACGUCGAAUACGUCCGUCGCCUCCAAGCAAACCUCUCGUACAUGGCCCAACAGUGCGAAAAACACGCAAAACCAAACCAGCCCCUCCAACCAGGACCCGCCAUCAUGUCUGCGCCCUCAACCCCCGACGAGCUCGUCAAGCUGUACAUCAAGCUGCAAAACCUGUUCCCCGGCUGGAAAGGCCAGUCGGCAACGGUGAAGCAGUCGCCAGGCCCUCAGCGCAUGAACUCGGCGUCUUCGAACCCGCCAAACAGCGCGGGCCUGCAGCAGAACUGGGGACAGAACACGAUGCAGCAGGCUAUGCAGACGAAAGCGGAGCCUAUUUGA